GUUGAUCUUCGUUUCUCUCUUCUCUCUCCCCCUCUCUCUCUCUCUCUCUCGUCGCCAUCAUCAGGCCUUGGUUCCAGAGAUUCAAACACCGGUUUCUGGAUUGAGCAGUUCCUCUUGAGCUCGGUCGAUUUUGGAUUUUUCUUCUGGCUCUGUUAAUUUCCCGAGAAAGUCUAUUCGGCGGGCAUAGACAUUGUAUCAGAUAAUGGGGAGAGUGGCGGCGGAAGGUUUGGAGAUUUCGAGGGAGAUGGCGACGGCGAGUUGGUGGGAAGAGAUUAAUGAGUCAACUACAUGGCAGGACGGGAUCUUCUUCACCCUCUGCGGUGCUUAUGCUCUAGUUUCCGCCGUUGCUCUAAUCCAAUGGGUUAGGAUUCAGAUGAGAGUGCCUGAAUAUGGCUGGACCACUCAGAAGGUCUUUCACCUUAUGAACUUUGUCGUCAAUGGAGUUCGCGCAGUUCUGUUCGGACUUCACAAACAAGUAUUUCUUUUGCAUCCCAAGGCACUUAGCUUGGUACUGUUGGAUCUUCCCGGCCUCCUGUUUUUCUCGGCUUACACACUGCUUGUGCUGUUCUGGGCCGAGAUAUAUCACCAGGCAAGAAGCUUACCAACAGAUAAGCUGCGGAUAUUUUAUAUUUCAGUCAAUGCGGCUAUAUACUUGGUGCAGGUCGGUAUCUGGGUAUACCUCUGGAUAGAUGACAACAGUCUAGUGGAGUUAAUUGGAAAGAUAUUCAUUGCAGCCGUCUCGUUCAUCGCCUCGUUAGGUUUCUUGCUGUAUGGAGGAAGAUUGUUUUCCAUGCUAAGAAGGUUUCCUAUUGAAUCAAAAGGAAGGAGGAAGAAACUCCAUGAGGUCGGAUCGGUCACGGCCAUAUGCUUCACCUGCUUCCUUGUAAGAUGCAUUGUGGUGGCUGUAUCAGCCUUUGACAUGGAUUUGUCGCUCGACGUCUUGGACCAUCCGGUCCUGAACCUGAUCUACUACAUGGCGGUGGAGAUACUACCGUCGGCGCUGGUGCUCUUCAUCCUGCGUAAGCUGCCCCCAAAGAGAGUGUCGGCUCAGUACCACCCCAUCCAGUAGACAUCAAAAAUCAGAAACUGCAACAACCUGUGUUCCCUGUCUUAUGAUGCUGAGG